UCUUUCACUCUUCAUCAAAAGAAGUCAGAUCGGGAAAACGCGCGCUUCGUUGCUAACAAACAAAAUAUUCAAACCUUGUACAAGUUGAAAAUAAAGUGUGUGUGUGUGUGUCUCUUUAUUUAAUAAUAAAGAAAAACAAAAUUUAAUUCGAAAGUGUUUCAAGCUCACUAUCUGUGGCAUUACAAGUUUUGCAAGAAGCAAUAAUAAAAAAUAGAAAGAAAAAUUAUAAAAGAAAAACAAAUUUUAAUUCCAUGGAAAUAAAUUAACGUUAUGAUGACACUUUGAACUUGUCCCAUCAAAAUAACAAAAUAAAUAAAAUUACAAACAAAGAUAUCUAGGAAUGCUAAAGUGUUAAAAAGGAAAGUGUUACUCUGCUUGUGGAGUACUAAAUUGCUACAGGUUUUUGGUUGCUGCUAUUACUAGUAUUGUUGUAGUUGGUAGUUUGUGCUUAAGCACGAUCAUCAGAAUGUCUUCCGAUCGUUUUCACAAGGCAGCUAAAGAUGGUCUUUUAGAUGUUUUAAAAGAGGCCACACGUAAAGAUGCCAAUUCCAAAGAUGAUGAUUCAAUGACACCCGUUUUGUGGGCCUCAUUUGAAGGACAUUUGGAAGCUUUGCGCUUAUUAUGUGGUAGGGGUGGUGAUCCCGAUAAAUGCGAUCAGUUUGGUAAUACUGCUCUACAUUUAGCAUCGGCCAAGGGACAUUUGCGUUGUGUGGAUUUUUUGGUAAAAUUCGGUGUCAACAUCUAUGCUUUGGAUAUAGACAAACAUAGUGCUAAAGAUUUGGCAGCUAUUAAUAAUCGAGAUGAUAUUUUACGUUAUUUGGAUGCGGCUACAGCCAACUUUGAGGCAAACGACCGGAAAAAAGCUAAAGCAAUGAAAGAAGUUGCCGAAAAGAAUUGUGAAAAACGCAUUAAGGAAUAUAUGAAACGUCAACAGAAACAGGAUCAAGAUUUUAAAGAACUAAAAUCUACUAUUUCACCCAACAAUGCAGGCAAAUCGGGCAAAAUGUUAUCAACACUUAAGCAAAAAAUUUGGUCAAGUCAAGGAAAUCUGCAUAAAGUCACCAAAGAAGUAUCACCAGGUCCUACAAAUGGCUCAAGUAAUGCCGGAGGUGGUGUUAAAUUUAGUGAAUUGGUGCAAACAGGUGCUGGUAGUUGUGGUGGUUCUGUUGCUAGUCGCAAGGGAAAUACAGUAUCGAAAAUGAAAGGAUGUUCCAACAUGGACAGUGGUUUCAAAAUUGGAGAAAUUGAACCGGAUGGCCGGCGUACUAUUACUUCAUUAAGUGGUGUACAAAGAGAUUCUGAAGUUCUCUAUGUUGGCACUUUUAGUUCGAAUGAGGACAAUGGCAAACGUGGCAAAAUAAGUGGCCUAUUUGAGGUAGAAGAAGCUUGUAAUUCUGAUACAGAUCAUAUUAAUGGCAAAGCAGGAUAUGGUACACUUUCAAGAUCAUUUUCACAGCCAGAUAUUUUAGCUGACAAUGAGUCAAGUGAUCACUUGAGAUCUGAAAUGACUUUACAAAGACCCACUGGUUUAUUUGAUCGUCCAAUGUUGGGUAGCAUCGCGUUUCGUAGAUCUGUAACAGCGGCUCUUAGCCAACUAAAUACUGAUGCCUACAAUAUGGAUCAAGAUACAACAACACAACCUUCGACCCGUACCAACUCAAUUAGCUCCAAAUCGCGUUCGGGCAAGCAGAGAUCAUUUUUAAAUCUAACUGAUUCUGAUUCCGAUGGUGCGGAAGCUUACAGCGAUGAUGAUGAGGAUCAAGAUGUAGCUGGAGGACCUAUACAACGUUUUCUCUGUGUCUGGGGUUUGGAGGAAUAUUUACCUAUUUUUCAAAAGCAACAAAUUGAUUUGGAUACUUUGUUGCUGUUAACCGAAGCUGAUUUAAAAUCUCUCGGUCUACCAUUGGGUCCCUUCCGCAAAUUAAGCUUUGCUAUACAAGAGCGUAAAAAUGCCUUGGCCAAUCCUGGUAUAAUGAAGGAUUCUCAUUUAUAGAAUUUUCCAUAAUUUACUUAUAUUUACUGUCUUUUUAAGUAAUCGCUCACUCAAUUAGAGGUAUCGCAAACAGAUUGUAUUUUACAGUGUUGUACAAAAUCAAAAAUAUUUUUAUGAAGUUGAUAUUAAAAAGAAAAAAAAAAUAGUUUAAGACAUUUUACGUAAACUAAAGAUUAAGAACUUCUAGAUCAGAUACCUUUUCAAGAAUUUAGCGUUUGAAAGUUUAUGCUCACUUUGAUGAAAUAUUAGCAUAAAAUCACUACCGUGAAACUCGUUCUUAAGUUAUGUUAAAAACUAUAUUUAAUUUUAAAUUCGCAAAAUGUAUUUAACAUUUUUUUAAGUUUGUUCGUGUUAGAAGGAAAGAAAAUAUCACAAUUAAUUUUAAAUAAUUAUA